CAUGGGGGGGAUGAAGAUUAACAUCUACCACACACAAUGGGUUAAAGCCUUCAAUCCCAGCUUUAAAAUCUAAGGCCCGGUCAAACCCAUCAGAGCUCUCCGAGUCACCCUGCACCAUGUCGAAGAGUUCUGGAGGGGACAGAUGGCUGAGUGAGCUUGGCUACAAGUUGGGCCAAACUCUAGGUGAGGGGAGCUAUUCCAAGGUGAGGGUGGCCACCUCAGCCAAGUACAAAGGCCCACUAGCCAUCAAGGUGGUAGACCGACGCCGGGCACCCCCUGACUUUGUACACAAGUUCCUUCCCCGAGAGCUCUCCAUCUUACGGGCAAUUCGUCAUCCAAACAUCGUACGAGUCUUUGAAUUCAUUGAAGUUUGCAAUGGGAAACUUUACAUAGUGAUGGAAGCAGCUUCCACUGACUUGCUACAACUGGUGCAACAAUUGGGGAAGCUGCCAUGUGUCCCAGAAGCUCGGGACAUCUUUAUGCAGGUCGUGGGAGCUGUGCGCUACUUACAUGACCGGAAUUUGGUGCACCGGGACCUCAAGUGCGAGAACGUGCUGCUCACUUCAGAUGGCCGCCGAGCAAAGCUAACUGACUUUGGCUUUGGAAGGGAGUCACGUGGGUAUCCGGACCUGAGCACCACUUACUGUGGAUCAGCUGCCUAUGCCUCCCCUGAGGUGCUGUUGGGCAUUCCCUAUGACCCCAAGAAGUAUGAUGUGUGGAGUCUGGGUGUAGUACUUUAUGUGAUGGUUACUGGCUGCAUGCCCUUUGAUGACUCUCACAUCCACAGUAUGCCACGUCGCCAAAAGAAGGGGGUCUUCUACCCAGAUGGCCUCCCUGCCUUACCUGAUCCCUGCAAAGCCCUUAUUGCCCAACUGCUGCAGUUUAGUCCAGCAUCCCGACCUGGAGUGGGGCAGAUAGCCAAGAACAGUUGGCUCAAAGGCGGGGUCAAAGACACUUCUACCAGAUAGCCCAGCUCUAGGAUCAGUUAAUACAGUUGGAAUUUUGUCUCAAUGGAGCGGUUGUGGGGGAAGAAAGGAUGCCAGAGCGAUAUUGAGAAGGUGGAGCUACAGAAUAGUCCAGGGUCAUGAAGAAGAACAGGAGCCAUACUGCAGCAUUCAGAGACAUCACAACCGGGUAUUAUGGGAGAAAGCUUUUGAAGGAACCAGAUGAAGGUGCAGGGAACUGGAUUCAAGGAUUUUCAUGACUUUGUAUUCCAGCAGCUCUAGACGAGAGUGGACAAGUUUAAUUGCAUGUUACAUACAGAAUAUGCAGCAGUGGUACAACCUGUAACAAAAAAAGAAGAGAGCUGUGAUCCUUUCCAAAGGACCUGGGCUUCAUCACAGAAUCUAAGUUUGCCAAUGUGCAGGUGAGACAGUGAGACAUACCUCUGCAAAGUGUUGUCUGAAGUCUAAUGCACAAAUAAACCCUGAAGCUCCCAUCUA